AUGGCCUUUUCCUCUUGUCAAAGGCACAAAGAUAGCCGUGGGGCCAGGCAGCGUCUGUCUGGUGCGUUCUGCCACAGCCAGUCUGCGGGGGGCCCUGGGGCCGGUGCUGUGAGGGUGCCAAGGUCAGCCUAUCUCCUGAGAGGGACUCUCCCUCAGUGGACUCUGUGCCCCCAUAAACUCUCAGCACCUGCUGAUAACAGCCCUGGAAAAGUGUUUGAUAACAGGAACCAAGGUUUCCGGGAAUCUUUGCCAGGAUGUGAGAUGUGGAAGGAGGGGUAUGAGGAGGAGAAGAAGGGGAGGAGAAGGGGAUGA